GAAAUCACUGCAGAAGAAUGUGAUUGGCUGUCUACCACCUGUUGGACAAGUUUUGAUGUCACUGGUGUGUUUUUUUUAAGACUUGAACUGAUGUCAUAAAGGUGUGACACACACAGACACCCGGAAGGACAAGGGAGAAAUGAGCAGCUUCGUCUCUCCCAGCGUUUCCUCGACACAAGAAGGUGGAAAGAGUCUGUAAAUAAACCUGGAGUGAGUUCAGCAGUGAACUAUGGCUCAGUUUAUUGAAAACUCCAGCCUCGAGGGCUGGGAGGGGAUUGGCUCUGGAGGUUUCGGACAAAUCUACAAAGCCAGGCAUCGUCAGUGGGCCUGUGACGUGGCCAUUAAACUGCUUCGUCAUGACGAUGGGACCAAUACGUCUUUGCUGCGUGAGAUCAAGAUGAUGCAAGAAGCAAGCAGCCCGCAUGUUAUUGGUGUCCGAGGGAUCUUCAAGGGUCAACCGCCCAACUCUGGUUGGGCAACCCAGCUUGGUGUGGUCAUGGAGCUCAUGGAGAGAGGAUCACUGGCCUCCAUACAGGAAGCCUUGAGAGGACCUCCACCCUGGCCGCUGGUCUUCAGACUGGCUCACCAAGUGGCUCUGGGUAUAAACUUCCUCCACAGUCUGCCCCGUCCCGUUCUCCACCUGGAUCUGAAGCCCCCCAAUGUGCUGCUGGACGACUCUCUCAAUGCCAAGCUUACAGAUUUUGGCCUUGCUCGGGUUUCCUGUAGCGUCUCGGUAUUCAAGAAGGAUGACGAAGAGGGAGGAGGGACAGUCAGCUACAUGCCCCCAGAGGCGUUUGGCUUAACAUACGAACCUAAACGAGCCUCUGAUAUCUACAGUUAUGGGAUACUCCUUUGGUCCAUUCUCACAGGGAAACAACCAUAUAAGGAUGCAAACCCAGCCAUUGUGGUGCUUCAUGUCCCAGAAGGACAGCGUCCACCAUUAAAGGAUAUUAAGGGUGAUGCUGCAGGGUUGACAGAGUUGACAGACCUGAUGCAGAGGUGUUGGAAUAACAUACCCAAAGAAAGGCCCCAAGCACUUGAGUGUACAACCGAGACAGAAGAACUGUAUCAGAUGCACAAACAUGCAAUUUUUGACGCUGUCCAUGAAGUGCUGAAGAAACUGGACCAAAAGAAAAAGGAAGACAAGGGAAUUAAAGAGCUUUUUCAAAGAAUUCGAAUUGCUCAGGCUUCAGAGAGUGACCAUUUUGAAGAAGUGAACGUUGUUGAUAACAUGCCGACAGGUCCCUCGCCAAUUCAGGACCAAAAGGAAAAGGAAGACAAGGGAAUUCUAACUGCUCACGCUUCAGAGAGUGACCAUUUUGAAGAAGUGAACGUUGUUGAUAACAUGCCGACAGGUCCCUCGCCAAUUCAGGAAGAAAAAAUGGCAACACUUCAAGAGGUGCUCUUGGUAAUACUUGAAGAUUUGGGAAACGACGAUUUUGAAGAAUUCAAGUUGCUCCUGCAGCAGCAGGGUGUCCUAGGAGACUUUCCAGCAAUCCCAAAGAGUAAACUGGAGAAUGUAAACAGGGUGAACACAGUGAAUACGAUGUUCCAGACCUACGGUAUAAAUACUUUUAAAGUGACCAGAAUAGUUUUUGUGAAGAUCAAUCAAAAUGAUCUAGUGGAGACUUUAUCAAACAUCAUCUCAGAACUUGCAGAGAUUGCUGCUGCGUGCCAGCGAAAAGUAAAAUCCAAUUCACAAAAGAUGUUCCAGUGUGUGUUUGAGGGGAUUGCUAAAGCAGGAAACCCAACCCUUCUGAAUCAGAUGUACACAGAGAUUUACGUCACAAAGGAAGAGACUACAGAGGUCAAUGAUGAACAUGAGGUCAGACAGAUUGAAAGAGCAGCCUGGAUACAAGACAGACAAGAAACAACAAUCAGACAAGAAGACAUCUUUAUAACUCCGCCUGGAAGAGAUGAACCAAUCAGAACAGUGAUGACAAAGGGAGUGACUGGCAUCGGGAAAACAGUCUUAACACAGAAGUUCACUCUGGACUGGGCUGAAGACAAAGCCAACCAGGACAUCCAGUUCAUAUUUCCAUUCACUUUCAGGGAGCUGAAUGUCCUGAAAGAGGAAAAGUACAGCUUGGUGGAACUUGUUCAUCACUUCUUUAGUGAAACAAAAGAAGCAGGAAUCUGCAGGUUUGAAGAUUUCCUAGUUGUGUUCAUCUUUGACGGUCUGGAUCAGUGUCAACUUCCUCUGGACUUCCUCAACACUAAAAUCCUGACUGAUAUUACAGAGUCCACCUCAGUGGAUGUGCUGCUGACAAACCUCAUCAGGGGGAAACUGCUUCCCUCUGCCCGCCUCUGGAUAACCACACGACCUGCAGCAGCCAAACAGAUCCCUCCUGAGUGUGUUGACAUGAUGACAGAGAUCAGAGGGUUCACUGACCUACAGAAGGAGGAGUACUUCAGGAAGAGAUUCAGAGAUGAAGAUCAGGCCAGCAGAAUCAUCUCCCACAUCAAGACAUCACAAAGCCUCCACAUCAUGUGCCACAUCCCAGUCUUCUGCUGGAUCACUGCUACAGUUCUGGAGGACGUGUUGAAGACCAGAGAGGGAGGAGAGCUGCCCAAGACCCUGACAGAGAUGUACAUCCACUUACUGGUGGUUCAGACCAAACAAAAGAACAUCAAGUAUGAUGGAGGAACUGAGACAGAUCCACCCUGGAGUCCAGAGAGCAGGAAGAUGAUCGAGUCUUUGGGAAAACUGGCUUUUGAGCAGCUGCAGAAAGGCAACCUGAUCUUCUAUGAAUCACACCUGACAGAGUGUGGCAUCGAUAUCACAGCAGCCUCAGUGUACUUAGGAGUGUUCACACAGAUUUCUAAAGAGGAGAGAGGACUCUACCAGGACAAGGUGUUCUGCUUCAUCCAUCUGAGUGUGGAGUUUCUGGCUGCCCUUCAUGUCUAUCUGACAUUCACCAACUCUGGAGUCAACCUGCUGUCAGAAGCAAAAUGGUGGUCUAAACCAUUUAAAGACAGAUCUACUAUAAAUAAUCUUCACCAGAGUGCUGUGGACAAGGCCUUAAAAAGUCCAAAUGGACACCUUGACUUGUUCCUUCGCUUCCUCCUGGGUCUUUCACUGCACACCAAUGAUACUGUCCUACAAGGCCUCCUGACAGAGACAGGAAGAAGUUCUAAGACCCAUCAAGAAACAGUUGAGUACAUGAAAAAGAAAAUCAUUGAGAAUCUGUCUUCAGAGAGAAGCAUCAACCUGUUCCACUGUCUGAAUGAACUGAAUGAUCGUUUUCUAGUGGAGGAGAUCCAACAGCACCUGAAAUCAGGAAGUCUCUCCGCAGAUAAACUGUCUCCUGCUCAGUGGUCAGCUCUGGUCUUCAUCUUACUGUCAUCAGAAGAAGAGCUGGACGUGUUUGACCUGAAGAAAUACGAUGCUUCAGAGGAGGCUCUUCUGAGGCUGCUGCCAGUGGUCAAAGCCUCCAAAAAAGCUCUGUUGAGUGGCUGUAACCUGUCUCAGAGAAGCUGUGAAGCUCUGUCCUCAGUUCUCAGCUCCCAGUCCUCUAGUCUGAGAGAGCUGGACCUGAGUAACAACAACCUAAAGAACUCAGGCUUGAAGAAGCUUUCUGCUGGACUUCAGAGUCCACAAUGUAAACUGGAGACUCUCAGUCUAUCAGGCUGUCUGAUCUCAGAGAAAGGCUGUGCUUCUCUGGCCUCAGCUCUGAGCUCCAAUCCCUCCCAUCUGAGAGAACUGGACCUGAGCUACAAUCAUCCAGGAGAGUCAGCAGUGAAGCUGCUGUCUGCUAUACUUGAGGAUCCAAACAGUAGACUGGACACUCUCAGGGUGGACCAUGGUGGAGAGCAGAGGUUAAAACCUGGUGUGAGGAAGUAUUCCUGUGAACUCACAGUGGACACAAACACAAUGAACAGAUACCUCAAACUGUCUGACAACAGGAAGGUGACACGUGUGAGAGAGGAGCAGCCAUAUCCUGAUCAUCCAGAGAGGUUUAACUCCUGGGCUCAGCUGCUGUGUAGAGAUGGUCUGACUGAUCGCUGUUAUUGGGAGGUCAAGAGUAAAGGAGAUUUUCGUUUAGCAGUGAGUUACAGAGGAAUCAGCAGGAAAGGAGACAGUGCUGACUGUGUUUUUGGAAUGAAUGAUCAAUCCUGGAGUCUGGAAUGCUCAUAUGGUGGUUACUCUGUCAUGCACAAUAAAAUUAAAAUUGUCAAAAAACUUCCAUACUCCUUUGGCUUCAUCUCUAGAAGAGUAGGAGUGGAUGUGGACUGUCUUGCUGGCACUGUGUCCUUUUACAGAGUCUCCUCUGACAAACUGAUCCACCUCCACACCUUCAACACCACAUUCACUGAGCCUCUUUAUCCUGGGUUUGGAUUUGGGGUGUCUUUGAUGCUGUCACCAGACUCCUCAGUGUCUCUGUGUUCAUUGUAGGAAGGACAGAUGAGAAACACUAACAUUGCUGACUUCUGGAGGAAAUGCAAUGCCACAUGAAUUAGUGGGUCUUCUUCCUCAGUGUCUCUGUGUUCUCUGAAGAAUGAGACAACUUGUGGUGGUGGAUGAGUCUUGACUUUGGUUCACUGAUUGUGUCUUUAAUGACAGAAAUGUUGUUUUUCUUUUUUUGAAAUGGUUAAAUGAUCUUCUCAGGGCAGAACAUUUUGUGUUCAAACUAUGGUGACUUUGAUAUCAGCUGCCAAUGUAUGUAGUGAUUUAUUUCAAUAAAGGUUUAAAGACAAA